AUGUUGAAUGGUACUGGAAAUGUUCAAUCAUGCAAACUGGGUCGGUGGAAUUUGAUGAUGAUCAAAAAGCAGGGGCAAAGGCCGGAUUAUAUUGGUGGAGACAACACCAGACUGCCUUUAGCUCUAAUGCAACUGAAGCUGGAAUUACGAGAAAUUGUGACCAUCAAUGGGCGUAUUGAGUCGCAACCAGAUUUUGUAAAUUCCGUACGUUAGACGAAUUCAUGAAUAGUUGUUGGCUGAAGGUUAAUCCAUAACCAUUACUUCGUUCUUACUUUAAUGGUGAGCUGUAAAUAAAAAGUAUUACCUACUCUACCAAACUUUACUCUCGUUGUCCAGUCUUUGACUAACCGUCGAUGCAGGCCCUUGGGCCAUUCCUUGGCCACUGGAUUUUUCAUCACAGCUCAACCCAAAUUUGACGUCUGUGCAAAUUCUCGAGCAAUUCGCCUCUCCGCCACCCGAAGCGAACGGAGCGACCAAUGAAAGAGCUCGGAUUCCAAAAUUGGGGCAUUUAGAAUCAAUUAUUGCGAGGCUCAACAAAGGAGGCGAAUACUGUAUUUUGGAAUUUGCCGCAGUCGUCGAAUGUCAGGACGAGUUUGAGGGGGAGAGUUUGAGAAGCAGCGGAUAUGCUCGUCCAAACUACAAACUCAUUUAUCCUACGCAUCACGAUAGUUGGUGUGUUGUAGUGCACUCGCAGUGCAGUGUGAAUUGCCUCAGACGCACCGUGCGAACGGUGCACUUGCUCCACGAGUCUCUACGAACUGCACGUACUGCGGUACGAGUACCACCGUACACUAGAAGCUCCGUAUAA